AUGACAGGAAGAGUGGAGAGAGGGGAAGGGGUGGAGAGACAGGAGGAAGGGGAGAGAGGAAGGAUGGAGAGACGGGAAGGGAUGGAGAGACAGGAAGGUGGAGAACGGAAGGAGAGAAGAAGACGGGAAAGGGGUGGAAACAGGAAGGGAGGGAGAGACAGAAUGGAUGGAAGACGGAAGGGGUGGAGAGACGGAAGGGGGUGGAGAGACAGAAGGAUGGAGGACAGGAAGGAGUUGGAGAGACAGGAAGGGAUGGAGAGACGGAAGGAUGGAGAACAGGAUGAUGGGAGAUACGGGAAAGGGGGUUGGAGAGACAGAAUAGGGGGAGACAGGAAGGGAUGGAGAGACGGAAGGGUGGAGAGACGGGAAAGGUGGAGAUACAAAGGAUGGAGAGACAGAAAGGGUGGAGACACAGGAAGGGAAUGGAGAGGACAGAAGGAUGGAAGAAAUUGGACGGGUUUGGAGAGACGGAAAGGGAGUGGAGACAGAAGGGUGGAAGACGGAAGGAUUGAGAGACAAAAGGGGUAG